AUGAUGAAGUUGAUGAUGAUGAGGAGGAUGAUGAAGUUGACUAUGAUGAGGAGGAUGAUGAAGUUGACUAUGAUGAGGAUGAUGAGGAUGAUGAUGAUGAUUGUUGGGAUUCAAAGGAACAAAAAGAGGCAGAUAAAGAACCCAGCAGGUGCAAAUGGACAGGUCAGGCCUAAGAGUUUGACCCCCCCCUCCCCCCGAUCGGAGCAGCAGCCAAUCAGCUUGCAGAGAUCAACGCUGCCCCCCCAAAACUCCCCCUGCAGCCCCCCCAACGGCCAGAGCCACGCCUCCCCCAUUCCUCCUGUUUCCUCCCCCCUGGAGCAACUUGUCUCCCCCAUUCAGCCUGUUUCCUCCCCACUGGAGCAACUUGUCUCCCCCAUUCAGCCUGUUUCCUCCCCCCUUACUUCCACCCUUCAACCUGUUGUCUCCCCCCUUCAACAGGUUGUCUCCCCCCUCACUUCCCCCCUCUUACAGCCUGUUUCCUCCCCAUUCGGCAACUUCCCUCCCCUCUUCAGCCUCUUGUCUCCCCCCUUCAACCUGUUGUUUCACCCCUACAAGAGCCUCAGACCCCCAGCAGCACUGAAGUCUCUCCUCAGACAGACCUCCCCAACACAGGAAGCCCCGCCCACCCCAAAAUCACCCAAAUCUCCCAAAUCACCCCCAAAGUCCCCGAAGAAAGACGAGGACCCCGAGAAAGUGGCCUUCAUGGUGUCCCUCGGCCUCGUCACCACAGAACACCUGGAAGAGAUCCAGCUGAAGAGGCAGGAGAGGAAGAGACGCAGCACGGCCAACCCGGCGUACAGCGGCCUGUUCGAGCCCGAGCGUAAGCGUCUGGCGUCUCAUUAUCUGAACAGCUCGCUCUUCCUGUCGGCUCGAGACUCUGAGGAUUUCUGCUGGAAGGAGGACGUGGAGCAUGAGGAUGUGUGUGCGGUGUGUCAGGAGGAAGGAGAGCUCCAGCUGUGUCACGUCUGUCCGCGAGCCUUUCAUCCCACCUGCCUGCACCCCCCCCUCAGGACCCCACCCCGGGGACCCUGGUACUGCCCCAAGUGCCAGAAGAAGGUGCUGAACAAAGAGAACAUGUCGUGGCCGCAGAACUUCGUCCAGUCCUACGUCACACACAAGACUGUUCGGCAGGAGGAGAAGCGGCGGCUGCUCCGGAGAAACUCAGAACUGAAGAAGGAGUUCACUCACCUGGAGGAGCAGGACGACAAACUGAACGACACGCUCAAGCAGUGCAUGGAGCAGCGAGAGCGCCUCCUGCUGCGUCAGCACGACGCCACAUCGUCUCUGCAACGCCUCCGAGAUCUGAUCGCGCUCAUCCAGAAGGACCAGCUGAUCCACGUCUCCAUGGCAACAGCAACAACAACAACAACAACAACAAACAACACCGCCAUCGCCAACAGCAACGCCUCCUCGCUGCUCAACACCAACUGGAGCAAAAACACCACCAGCAGCAGCAGCAGCAGCAGCCAACCAAUGGAGAGCCCGGACGCCAACAAUUAGCCCCGCCCCUUUUUUUAUUUUUUUUAAUAACAUGACGACUUCCUGUCCGUCCAAAAUGGAAACAAUCCCCCCAUUAGUGAUGCGGAUAGUUGAGUAAACCAGGGGGAAUCUUUCAAAAGUGGACGCAAGGACUUAAUUGGCUCAUUAAUUGGUUUUGAAAAAGCUCGUUAACCAAUCAAAAAUCCAAGAUGGCCACCAUUGAUGGCUUGGAAAAGUCAUUUUUUGCCGUAAAAUAUCUUUAAAUUGCCCGAUAUGAAAGAUCUGGGUGUCUAAUCGUACAUUUCUGACCCCGUAGAAACCAAAUUCAGACAUCAGGAGGUACUCAGAGGCUUCUCUUUAACAUCUCUGAUCAAAAUAAACGGUAUUGGGGGUGUUCAGUGUCCGCUUAACGGUAAAUUUGACUUUACCUUAGUGAAAAAACAUGUAAUUUAAUUCCAAUAUUGAUCAAUUCUGAAGUUUCCUCGGCUGGAAAAUGGUCAGAAUGAUGGCUAACGGGCUAACGGGCUCUUACGGCCCAAUCUGAUGAUAAACGUGGACAAUUUGGUGCUUAUUUCCCCUUUUGAACGAUCCUCACAGCUACCUGCAGCGCUAAAUACACUUUUUAGUUUAUUUGUCCGAGGAUCCAAAAAAAAAAAAAAAGCCACAAGAACUGAACGAGCCUCUUCAGUAUUUUUUAAAACCCAACACCUACAGUGCUUACGAGAUUUCUUUUUUUAUGUUAUUUUCUAUUUAUUAUUAACGGCCUUAAUGUAUUUAUUACGAGGAGUUAGCGUAGCCGCGGGACGUCUGAGCGCCCGAAUAAAAAGCCCACGAAUAAAAAAAGAUAUUUCCCUUUUUUUAAGAACAUUCAGCGUAGAGCGGACGGUAGGUAGUUAGCGGAGUGUACAUUAAAUAUAGAUGUUUGUUCCGAGGUUUCUGCCAUAAAUAUUCAGGAAAAUGUUUUCAUCGUGUAUGUGAACGCAUACGAGCCUUCAAAACAAAAACAGAGAAUAACGUUUUUCAGUAUUAAUAGAGUCAAAGAAAAAAGUAUUUAAGAUAAAAACUACAGAAAUGAGCGUUUCUAGUGCAGAUUUUAGUAUUUUCAUGCCUGUCGAUAAAUGUGAGUAUUCAAGGGAUCACUGUACAUAUGUUGUAUUAUUAUUGAUAUCAUCGCAGGUUUUUCUCUUUUCUACUCGAGUCACAUGUCUGAAGCGAAACGUCUCGCACGUUUAAAUGUUUGUUUUCUGACAGCAACACGAAAAACAGGAAUUAUAAGACAAAUAGUUGAAAAGAAAUCGACGUACAUUUCUCUAAUUUAGGAGAAACAAAACAAAAUGUCUGAAAAUUCAUCACAUUUUCCACUAAAUUUAUUAAAAAAAAAAUUCCCCAAAAUGUCUGAAAAUGUCAUCUAAAUUUUACCCAAAGUUCAUUUAACAUUAUCCCCACCUUUCAAAAUGUCAUCCACAUGUUGGUUAUUGAAAUGUGGUUAAUAAAAUGUAUUAAAUAUCAGAUUUAGACAAAGAAAUAAUCCGAUAAACAUUUUGCUUAAAAAAUGUCAGAAAACACAAAAUGUCCGCUUCUUGAAAUGACUCUGGAUAUAUAAUUCCUGUGUUGCAGAAAACAGCCGUGUAAACAUCGGAGACGUCGCUGUUUGUUCACGUCCUCCUCCCCUUUAAACCAGUAUAGAAAAUAUGCCAAAAACUCUUUUCUUUGUUUUUGUACUGGGAUCAUCUCUCUCUCUCUCCCUGCCUCUUCGUUUCAUAUUCCCUGAUGAUUAUUAUCUCCAUGUCUCCGGACGAGCCUGACGAUGAACACGAUGAACACGAUGAACACUGCCUCGCAAACAAACGACCGUUAAAUAAAAUCAGGUCUUUUUAUUUUCCAUCGUUGUCGUAGAAACCAGCGAAUCAGAAAAAGGGACGACUCGUCAAACUGCGUCCGACCGUCUUCCUGCUGGGACAGAAGUUUACGUGUUUCCAACUUUUUUUAUUAUUAUUUUUCACACAGAUGAUGCACAAAAUGAACAAAUAGAAAAGAGAGAGAAAUGCCUUUUAUCAGAAGAAGAGAGGGAAUCU